AUGCCUCUCACUUAUCGGCCAAGACUGUGUAAAAUUUGUAAAUGGGAUGAUUUUCGUGGCUAUGGCUUCAGUCUGCACGCUACUAAGGGUAAAGUCGGGCAUUUCAUCGGUGAAGUUGAUAUGCGAUCUCCGGCUUACGCUGCUGGAAUUCGGGAUAAUGAUUAUGUGGUUGAAGUGAAUGGGGUCAACGUUUUGAGCGAACCACACCAACAAGUAGUUAGUCGGAUCAAAGAGCUACCGGAUCAUGUUGUCUUGCUCGUAUUGGACAAAGAAGCUCGAGCGUAUUUUGAAGAAAACAACAUUAUUGUGGACAGCCAUAUGGAUUCGUUGGAGCGUCUCUCUAGCCCAUCGGUCAACCCAGCUUCCCGCAAAGAUUCAGACAGUCAUCGGUCGUUUGAUUACUAUGAUUUCCAGCUUGACUUGCUCUCACCACUGUCACAACCAUCCAGUUGUAUGAGCCCGGAGAAACUAGAUUCUGAAUGGGAUAUUAUCUGGCGAAAAACGUGCAUGGAGAUUGAACAACGUUCGUCGGUACCACCCGCCGAGAGCGAGCACAAACCUGGGCAGGACAAAUCGCAGGAAGAGUCCGUCUGUGUCGAGAUGCUCACCCAGGUUACGAUCGACACUGUGCAAAACUCAUCUGAGGCCUCAAAAGCAUCUGAACCGGCCGAACUAGAAUCACAGGUCCAAGCAAUGUGUUUAGAAAAAGACGUACCCACGGAGAAAAACACUUCGGAAGAAGAACUCGCAUCCACACUGUGUGUAAGAGCAGUGGUUCAUGAAGAAGAGCUAGUUCCAAAAGAUGAACCGACUCAUGUUGAACACGAACCUGUAAAAGAAAAGCAUGAACUGCCUGUAGGCACCGGUCCGGUGCAUGACGAAAAAGAACCUGUAGAGAGUGAUGCUCAUAGUGAGGCGUCUGAACAGACGAUCAAAUCCGGUGUGAUUGAAAUCGUCCGUGUUGGCGAAUCGUCCAGGCCCGGAAGUAAUGCAUCCAAUCGUUCCCGUACCAUUAUUGUAGAACGAAAUUCUACGAGUGAUUCACAAGCGCGUGAAGCGAUCGAACAGAUUGAUCGUGAAGUAACACGCGUCGAACGUGUCAACGGUGUAUCACCUCGCGUUUCUAAUACCGAUAUGCGGAUCCAUUCAGCACCGGACGCGAACAGUCGAGACAAGACCGCAGCGAGUGUUCAUUUAGCUCCGGAUGUAGUAUUGAUCGAAACUGCUCCACAAAAAGAGAAAAAAGAAACCUUUAAAGUACCGGACUCCAAAUCUCCUACUUCUCCACAUCCGUUGGAUCGCGAAAGUGUCUCAAAAUAUCGAGAUAGCCAAUCAACCGCCGAUCGAUCCUCGUCAGUUUCCAAAUCGGAUCUAUCCGGAUGUCGUAAUACUUUGGACUCCACUUACGGCGAGUCCAUGGAACAACUGAAUGGUGAUAAAUUGGAUGAGGAUUUGGCCACAGUUAAAAUGCGAUAUGCGAAUCGGGGUCGAAAAAAACGAACUCCAUCAUCUUCGUUCCUGGAGAGAAAGCAACUGUUUGACCAAUUGUAA